UUGUUUUCUUCAACCAAAAUUAAUCACCGAUAGUUUGAAAUUGUCUUUGUGUUUAAUUAAUUUUGUUUCUUUUGUAUGUUAAUUGGUUUACUUUUGAUUGUGAAUUAGUCUAAUUUUCUGUUUUCUCUCUGAUUCAGUUGUCAUUCGUUGUCAAUUAUGACUUUGGCUUUGGAACCUUAUGUUAACCGAACCGUUUGUGUUAUAACUGCCGAUGGUCGGAAUAUUGUUGGUACAUUGAGAGGAUUUGAUCAAACAAUUAACAUUAUACUCGAUGAUUCCCAUGAACGUGUUUUCUCAACCACCUCAGGAGUUGAACAGGUUCCCCUUGGUCUUUACAUUAUAAGAGGUGACAAUGUUGCCAUUAUUGGAGAUAUUAACCAAGAACAAGAUUCCAAAUUGGUUUUAUCCAAUAUUAAAGCGGAACCUCUCAAUCCGGUAGUACAUUAAAUUUUUUAAUGACAAUCAAUGAGAGAUUAAGUUUACCCAAACAUAUCAAGAUAAUAAUCAAAUGUACUCUCAUUUAACUCAUCAUGUUUUCUUUUUUCAAAUUACGAUACGAUUUAUCUUUCACUUGAUUAUCAGUAACUUCGCGAGUUAAACAAAAGUUAUUACAAACUCAAACUCGUUGGCUGUAUAAUCUUUUUGUAAUCAAUAUAUAUAUAUAAGUAUUAAUAUAUAAUAAAUAUGAUACAAUUAAUUAA